AUGGCGAUCGAGAAAGUGGUGCUGAUAACUGGCUGUGCAGAGGGUGGAAUCGGUGCGUGCUACUCCAGAGUCUUCCACUCUCGGGGAUUCAAAGUUUACGCCACGGACGUCCAGCCGGUGGAGAGCAUGCAAAGCUUGCGAGCUCUGGGGAUCCAAACGCUUCAGCUGGAUGUGACGAGCGACGAAUCCGUGAGAGCUGCGGUGGAUCUCAUCCUCCGGAACGAGGGCAGGAUCGACGUGCUUGUCAACAACGCCGGGCUCUCCACUAUCGGGCCGCUAGCCGAGCUUCCACUCAAGAACAUCGAGCGAGCUUUCCAAGUGAACGUCUUUGGAACUUUGAGGAUGAUCCAGGCAGUGGUUCCCAGCAUGGCGGAGCAAAGGCAGGGCCGGAUCAUCAACGUCGGCAGCGUCGUCGGCUACGUCCCCACCCCCUGGGCCGGAUCAUACUGCGCGUCCAAGGCCAGCGUCCACGCUCUCUCGGAUGUUCUUCGCGUGGAGUUGGCGCCACUGGGAAUCCAGGUGGUGUUGAUCGUCCCCGGCUCGGUGAAGUCCCAGCUUGGAGCCACGGCCUCGAGCUCUCUUCGAUCGAGCGAGUGGAAGCUCUACAGGGAUUUCUCCAGCGCCAUCGCCGAGAGAGCUACCUCGUCCCAGUCCGGCAAGGCCACCGCCACGGAAGAAUUCGCUGUGAGAGCCGUGGGAGCGAUGCUCGAGAAGAAUCCUCCCAGGCAUUUCGUCUAUGGAUUUAUGAGUGGGCUGUUCUUGGUGCUGCGAUGGAGCCCAUUGUGGCUGAGAGAUCUCUUCAUGCGAUGGAGGUUUGGCCUCUUGGAGAAGAAGAAACACUGAGGAAAGACGAAAGAAUCUCUCAAUACAAAGAAAGAAUCUCAAUAGAAAUUUCCCCUUAAACCCA